AUGGCUGCAUCAGUAAAUAGGAAACAAGUGGCAUUUCAUUUCUAUAGACCCGGGAUUCUCGAUAUUGAUACUGGUGAGUUCUUUUAUCUGUCUGAAGAGGAAAGUGGCGAUGCAAAGAUGGUCCAAUUCAUUGAUGGUGACAAGAAAGUAAUGUUUACUGAUAACAGUAUGUCCCAUGUAUAUGUUUAUGACACUAUGGAAAGACGUUUAGUGAGAAGGUUGUCAUCAUUUAGUGGUGGUAAGCUAGUUGAAGAGUUGUUUGUUGUGGGUGACAUGGAUGCACUUCUCACUCGUUGUGACAGAUAUGAAUGUGGUUCACUUUGGAAAACAAAGAAAAGUGGACAUGAUGUCAUGAAAGAAUCAUGCAUCUUCACAACCCACCUUGCGCACCCUGAGUGUGUUAAUGCUAUGGUUUUGGUGGACAACACAUCAUGUUUACUUGCCAUUACUGGUUCAGCUGAUAAGAAUAUCAGAAUAUGGAAUAUCACGAGUUAUGCUGGGUCAAGGGAAGAGUUCACAAAUGAAAUGACUUUUGAAUACAACAGGGAAUUACUUGAAACUUUUUCAGAUCGAAAACCAUAUUUGAGACGCAUUGUGCACAGAAUUGAAGCAUUAAAUGAUGAAAAAAAAGUAGCAUUGGUCGACAACAUGGGCAAACAUAUAACACUGUAUGAUAUGUCCAGUGGAAAGGAAAUUAGCACCCAAGAAUGGAAUUGCCCAAAUAAACAUAGGUUGGAUGGCAUGGCAUCAACAGUAAGUGGAAAGAGGCUAUUUGGAAUUGGUGGAUUGUUUUUACAGGAAUACAAUUCAGAUAAUUUACAACCCCUAACAAAGACACCAAAGAAAUUGGACCCCAAUUGCAUAGGCCUCAUUGCUGAAAAUGGCAAUAUGUCUUUAUUACUUGGUGGAAGUAAUUAUGUGGACACAAUCUAUAUAUAUGACAUCAACAAGGAAUGGUAUAUGGAAACAUACAGACCUCCUAGUAGACCCCAGCACAUAUUUAUUUUAAGUGGACAUCGGAUGCUGCUACCAUGCACAAACGAUUUAGCUAUGGUCGAUUUGACAACAGGAGACAGUAUCUACAGUCAUCAUUACAGACAACGCUUUGGUGAUUCAAGCUUGAUUUGUGGAGAAUUGUCAAAGGAUGAAGCACUGCUAGUGACAGGAUGGAAUGAUGGCUUCAUAAAGCUGAUUAGAGUUGAUUCUGGGGAAAUAGUCCAUAAUUUUGAAGCUCAUCAUAAGGUAAAGAAGGCAAGAUACAGCGAUGGUGGUGAUAUAUUCAGAGACAUCUUACUUUCUAAUAACAAUAAGUUUAUUGUAGCAGCAUUGAGUGAUGAAGUGCAAGUGCGAAGCGUGAUGGCACUUGAACAAUGUCAUUUUCUAACAGGUCAUAAUGCACCUGUGAGCAAUGUAAAGAUUACUGGAGAUGAUCAGUAUGUAUUAACUUCUGCUGGCAUGAAUGUAAUAGUUUGGAGCUCUGUGUCAGGAGGUCGAUUAAUGACAGUUACAGAAUAUUGGCCAAUCGAUGUUUUACACAUUUUACCAAAAUCUAACAGGGUGAUUGUUACUACAGUGGAUGGAAGAGUAAUGUUCUACAAUGUGAACAACCAACAUGCCGGGGCUUUGCAGGCACAUGAUACACAAACUCUAGACCAGUUGCAACUCCGCUCGCAACAAACAUUGAUAGGAGAAUCAGUCCUGAAGAAAUAUACAGCAAAUAAAGGUUUACCACCACUUCCAGCAAUUCAAACUGCAUCCAAAUUAUCUACAAAAGAUUUGCCUUAUCAUCGGGUAACUGCAGUUGACAAGAACAAUUGUCAAAUUGUGUCAGAGCUAAAACCAUCCCAUUCGAAAUGUACUAUCACACAAAAACAUCGCCAACAAACUCGGCAAAUUAGAAAGACCCGGUCACCAAGAUCACUAAGACUUCACACUGAUUAUCAGAGUCUGGGCAAUCCCCUUGUGAUGUACGGGGAAGAAACAAAUCAAUCGAAUAGUUUGCUGGGUAGACAAUUACUGGUGCAUACUGAUGAAGUAAUAUCUUUGGCAGCUACUUCAGAUGGACAAUUAUUUAUCAGUGGAAGUAAAGAUAAAACAGCUAUAUUAUGGAAUAUAGAAACAUGUUCUAAGAUUCAUACAUUUGUGUGCACCUAUCCCGUUGCCAGAAUUGGUAUCACUCCAGAUGAUUUGAAAGUGAUUACAUAUGGUUACAAUGGUACUAAUGAGAGUAUUGAACACAUCACUGUAUGGCACAUUGAAUCUGGUGAGCAUUUAUUUGAUCUUCAAGGGCAUACUGGACUAGGACAUUGCGAUAUGCAGUUUACUGCAGACUCAAACUUUGCGAUAAGUGAAAUGUACAACAAAUACAGGGAGAGAUCAUCUAAUAGAUAUAAAUACUGUUUCAUAGUCUGGAGUUUGGAAGACGGAAAACAGUUAUAUGAAGAAGUUGAGGCACACAAAGGGCGCAUAAAUGACAUUGUACUUGCACAAUUCGCUGAGGGGCAUCAAAUUGUAGUAACAUGUGGAGCAGAACAAGAUCCUGGUAUUAAACUUUGGGAUUUAUUGACAGGUCAAUUACUGAAAGUUAUUCUUGAUCGCACCAAACUACAACGACGCCCAUGUCGAAAGAUGUCAGUGUCAUCUGAUGGUCAAUGUGUAGCAUUCCACUUUUAUCGUCCCGGAAUUCUGAAUGUCAAUACUGGUGUGUUUUCAUAUUUAUCUGAAGAGAACUAUGGUGAUGCACAGAUGAUAAAAUUCAUUAAUGACGACAGUGAAGUUAUGUUCUUUAGUACACAUAACUACCUCACUGUUUAUAAUAUUAAAGAAGCAAGGGUUGUGCUGAACAUGGUAUUUGGUGGUGGCCAUGGUGGGAUGAUAAGCCAAAUAUUCUUCUCAGAUGACUUUAAAACCAUCGUAACACAACACCACAGAUCUGAGUGUGGAGUUGUAUGGAUGGCUCAAAAGAAACCCCAUUCAACAAAAUGUGAACUGAAGUUUCUGGCAAAUCUUCGACAUCAACAAAUUGUCAAUGAUAUUAGAUAUAUCACAACAGGAUUAUUUUCUUAUGCAGUAACAGCAUCAUCAGACAGAAGCAUAAGGAUUUGGAACAUUGAAGAUUUAACAGUAUCCGAGACAGAACUAACAGACAAAAUAAAACCUGAGUAUCACAGAAUAUCUGGCGAACUAUUCCGAGACAGGAAACCCCAUAUACAGCGCAUGACACACCGUGUUGAGAUCUUAGAUGACGAAAGUCACAUGGCCGUAAUAGGAAACUGGGGAACAAACAUUACAUUGUUCGACAUCGAGCAUGGAACGAAAAUAGUCACACAAGAGUGGGAUGGUUUGAACAAACGCGAACUUGACAGCUUGACCAUGACUUCGGAUAGUACGAGGUUGUUUGGAAUUGGUGGAUUUGCCUUAAGAGAAUAUAAUCCAAAUAAUCUUGAACAGUGUGCGCAUAAGCCAAAGAAGUUGGAUAUACCUUGCAUUGGUAUGAUGAUUCCCAAUGAUUGUUCUCGAGCUGCUUUACUGGUUGGAAGUACUUAUGUUGAGAAAAUACAAAUAUUUGAUAUCAACAAGGGGUGGUAUAUUAAAGAAUACAAAACACAGUCCAGACCAGGAAACAUCAUUCUUCUGAGUGGUCAAAGAAUAUUGAUGGUUUGUCUAAGGAACCUUGUUAUGCUAGAUGUCAAUUCAGGAAACGAAAUCUAUAAUAUUUCCUUUCCAUCUAAUUACAAAGCAGGACAGAUGCUCUGCGGUGCCAUUACGAAAGAGGAACACACACUGGUGACAGGGUGGGAUAAUGGGUACGUGAAGAUAUUUGAAAUUGAAAGCGGGAAACCCAUCCAUGAGUUCAGUGCGCAUAACCUCCCAAGUGACACCAGAUACAGACAUACUUUCAACAUCUUCACGGUUAUCACAAUCUCCACAAAUGGGAAAUUCUUCAUGACUGCUUCAAGUGACAAAACGGCCAAACUUUGGGAUAUGAAAUCUUAUCAGGAGAAAUACACUUUUGUUGGACAUACAGGAACUGUUGUACAAGCUUGCAUUACGGGUGAUGAUCGGUAUGUGUUGACUGUUGCUGACGUGGAUUUGAAGAUUUGGAGUGUAUCAUCAGGUCAACAGCUUAUCAAUAUACUACACUAUCCGCCCGUAGAUUGCCUGUACAUCCUUCCUUUCACGAACAAAGUAGUUAUAACCACAGCCGAUGAUAAAGUGUUGUUUUUCAAUAUUGACAAACAGAUGGAACAAGAAAUUGAAACUGGAAGUGCACAAUUUCAAAGUUCAGAGAAAGAAGAAAGUGGAGUUACAAGUGACCAGCUUCUCAUUGACAAACAGGCACGGCAAGAACAACGCAUGCUUGCAGUAAAUCAGUAUGCUUCAAGACUUCCUAGUUUCCCAACUUCUAUAAAAAGAAGAUCCACGUUGGAGAAAAAUGCUCUGUCUAAUAUCUUUGAAUAUAGUGUCAAGAAUAGUGCGAAAGAACAUGAGUCCGCUUCCAGACACGAAGAUCCUAAAAAUCAGAAAAAAGAUGAGCAUUGA